AUGACCGCGCUCAGCACGUUCGCAACAUGUCUCCUGGCAUCAGUCGGAGGCGACUCCAGUCUAGUUGCUUUUCCCCAGCAACCCAACUACCCAAACCUCGUGGCACCGUACAAUCUUGAUCUUCUUACGACUCCUGUCGCCAUUGUAUUUCCCGAGGACACCUCUCAGGUGGCAGCGGCUGUCAAAUGUGCUGUAGAUGCAGGAAUCAAAGUUCAAGCCAAGAGCGGCGGACACAGCUAUGGCAACUAUGGCUCGCCCACGGACGGACUUUCCAUCAAUCUGGAGAACCUCCAGCACUUCAGCGUGGAUACCGACACAUGGAUCACCUCCUUUGGUCCUGGUAACCGCCUGGGACGGGUGACCGAACUCCAGUACAACAACGGAGGCCGGCAUACCCCCCACGGGUCCACCUUUACAGUCGGGCUCGGCGGGCAUGCGACGGUUGGAGGGGCUGGAGCGGCGUCACGGCAGCUCGGCCUCUUGGUUGACUACCUCGAGGAAGUGGAAGUGGUGCUAGCCAACUCGUCCGUUGUUCGCGCUUCGAAGACACAGAAUACGGAUCUCUUCUUCGCCAUUCGCGGCGCCGGUUCCAGUGUCGGCAUCGUGACCGACUUCGCUAUCCGCACUGAACCCGCGCCACCUUCUACCAUCAGUUACUCGUAUGUCUGGACAGAGACGGACUCGGCCACUCGCGCACAGGUCUUCCUCUCGUGGCAAGGCCUGCUCGCCAGCGGCUCCCUGCCCCGAAACACUGGCUUCGACCUCGUCGUGACACCGAGCAGCAUCAUUGUCUCUGGCGCAUACUUCGGCAGCCAAGCGGACUUCGAGGCCCUCGACUUCCUCUCGCACUUCAGCACAGCACCCCAGACCACGCAGAUUACACCAUAUACAAACUUCUACAAGUUCGCUGCCGCCGCAAGCGCGCGGACUAUUGCUUCUGGCACGGCCCAGCCGAGCCACUUCUACGCUAAAUCGCUUGUCUUCAAGCAGGAGACCCUGAUUCCGGACGAAGUGGCGCAAGCUGCCUUUGAAUACCUCGACACCACGACAAACGGCACGGAUUUGUACGCAGUUACCUUUAAUGGGCUCGGCGGCGCAGUCGCCGACGUCGCACCCUCGGAGACAGCCUUCGUCCACCGCGAUACUCUAUUCUUCGCAUUCUCAUUUGGCCGCACCGCCAGUGCUUUGACUGAUACGACGAUCCAGUUUCUGAACGGGUUGAGCGACGUUCUUACUUCGGGCCACCCGGAUGCAUACUACGGGCAGUAUGCCGGUAAUGUAGAUCCGAGGGAGUCAAAGGAAGAGGCGUGGGCGGCAUAUUAUGGGGAAAAUUUGCUAAGACUUAAGAAAGUCAAGGCAGAGGUAGAUCCGAAAGAUGUUUUCCAUAAUCUCCAGAGUGUUCAGCCAGGGUACUAG